GAGAAACCACAACGGUGUGGCGCGACCAACACGGUGUGGCUAGCCAAGUGAACUCUGUAUUGAAAACAUGAGCAUUGCAAACAAGAUCGUCCACCGUAUCUGAAAAUCUUACAUACUCUACAAGUUCCAGUUCUUAAUCACGUGCCAUUAAAAGAUUAUCGAUUCGUAUUUUCACUAGCAAUUGCCCUGGAAAAUCUAAUCUGAAAUGGACGAAGAUUUUAUACAGUUUGCAGAUGAAAUCGUCCUAGGUGAAAAUGUACAAAGAUCAAGUUGUGCAAAAUGCAGACGUCCUCAAAGAGUUUGUUGGUGCUCAUACUUACCGGAGGUACCUGUUACAAUCAAUGGUAAAAUCAUUGUUUUGCAGCAUCCUGAUGAAGAAAAAAGAAAUCUUAAAACAGGACCAAUGCUUUUCCAUGGAAUGUCAAGUGGUCAAUGCAUUAUUUAUUAUGGAAAGAAGUUCCCCUCUGCCAAACAUGAAGGAUUAAAAGAAAUGCUGGAAGAACAUUAUACUUAUGUCCUGUAUCCCGGCCCCCAGUCUCGGAGCAUCACAACAAUCUCAGAUAUUCAUCCAAAAGGAGCACCAUAUAACCUGGUUUUGAUUGAUGGCACAUGGCAGCAAGCCAAAUCAAUGUAUUUUCAUAGCACUUUCCUUCAUUCAUUGCCUCAGGUUUCCUUGCCAGAGCUGGGUCCCAGUCUGUAUGUUAUCAGGACUCAGCCAUCAGAAUAUUGCCUAUCAACGGUGGAAUCAGCAGCGUUAGCAAUAUCUAUAAUGGAAGAAGAUAAAAGCAUUGUUGAUAAAUUAGUCCACCCCCUGAAGGCAUUGUGCACAUUUCAACUGAAUUAUGGUGCAGUAGAACACCAGGACAAGGUUACACUUUUGGAAUUAGGGCAGUAUAGAAAACCAGUAGGAAAACGCACAAUGAAAUUCCUUAGGCAAACAACUAAUAAAGCGGUCCUGGGAAAGUUUUGAAUUUUCAUAACCUUUCAUAUUAUUUGCAGUGCUUUCAACCAAGGGUAAUGCACUUUGUGGGUUGGAACUCUUGGUUACUAAUAGCCCAUGCAACCUCCUCAUUUCAUCAAGGUCCCUGUAUAGAUGUUGUUCUAUGUGAUCUAUCCGUGGCUGUAAGGCAUUCAUCUAAAUGAAAAUACAAGUGGUGAUUAUAA